CACGCUAUAAAUACAUUACUCUCAGCCUCAUUAUACAAACACCAUAUUGGCUCCUCAUCAAGUUUCCACAACAUCUCUCAUGGCUGAUUUCACACAAGAUUUUCAGAGCUCCAGACCCUCAAAUUUUUUCACUGAUUUUGAUCCAAACAUGGAACAAAUAAACCAGUUCAACCUCUUUGAUCCCUCAAACUGGAAUUGUCAAAACUCCACGCCUUUCUUCGAUGACAACUUCUUCUAUCAUCAAACACUACUACUCGACUUCCCCGGCUGUUCGGCCGAAACUUUCCCAGGCUUUGUGUCUCAAACCAAUCAGAAUUUUAUGCCCAGAGUUGCUCAGUCUACAGUCACAUCUGAAAAUGAUUUUCAUGAGAGGAAGAAGAGAAAAGCUAUGGAUAUAUCAGAAAACUCUUCUCCUGCAGUUUCUGGAAGUGGGAUUAAGAGGAAAAAUUCUUCGGACAGAAGAAAGAGAACCCAAUACAAUGAGAAGGCAGACGAGAAACUGAAGGAAGUAGUUCAUGUGAGAGCCAGAAGAGGACAAGCCACUGAUAACCACAGUUUAGCAGAAAGGGUUAGAAGAGGGAAAAUCAAUGAGAGACUAAGAUGCUUACAGGAUAUUGUUCCAGGAUGCUACAAGACAAUGGGCAUGGCAGUAAUGUUGGAUGAGAUAAUUAAUUAUGUUCAGUCCUUACAGAAUCAAGUUGAGUUUCUUUCCAUGAAGCUUUCUGCAGCAAGCAGAUUUUAUGACUUCAAUUCAGAGACAGACGCCAUUGAAAAAGUGCAGAGGGCAAAGGCAAAUGAAGCAAAAAAUGAGUUGGAAAGAUUGAUGAGAGAAGGAUAUGGAGGAACUGGUUGCUGCCAAAUAAGAAGGCCAUUCUGAUUUUCACUUUAAUUAUUCUGUGCCAUACAACACAUGAACAUGCUCUAAUAUUGCCUAAAUUUUUUACUAAAUUCAAGAAUUUGUUCCUACUUCUUGUUUUGCAAAGUUAGUCCUUCUGGACUUUUUGUAUAGUUUGUAAAUGGAAUUCACUCAGUAAUAUUAAGGGAGUGUUUGAUUUGAAUAA